AGUGUGUGACAAUGGGAAAAAAACAACCAAGAAUCAAGUCAAUACUACAUAAUGACAUACUUUAGCAGCUCAGAGGCAGUCUAAUAUUACCAUCAUCUAAGAAGGAUUGACGAUGUAAAAGAGCGGUUCCGCGAACAACAACAGACGACGACGAACGUCCACAGUGAUACACAUAUGAGAUGUUGUAUACAACAUAAGCCAAGUGUCUGUGCUGUGCGGUGCGUGCAUGAGAUCAACAAAAUCAAAAAGCCAAUGAAGAAAUAAAAACUAAAACUAUCAGUAAAAUAAAAGUCUCAAAAAAAAACCCACAUUUGUGUGAAUUUAUGAAUUGAAAUGGAAAUUGUUCACCAAGAAAAGUUGCUGGCCGUUGUUGUCUGCCCACACGGACUCAAUUCACGCAAAAGGUAAACUCGUAUUUCAGCCAACCGCAGCUAGUCUAGCGCCGCAGCUCAUCAACUUCGCCCAUUCGUUCAUAGCGAUAUUUGGUUAAACAUUGUUAAACCGAAAUGCAAAAUGUUGUAGAUAGAAGUGCAUCAUCGUUGUAUCACCUAUUCCAUAUUUUCCAAAGUUCAAACGGUGGAGAAGCCGUAGUAGCAUAACGCAGGAACGUGACAGUGGCGACGACAUCGACAACGACGAAGCAACUCCAACCAACGAAAUUCAAUUGAAUGUGGUGUGAACGUAAAUUGAAAAUGAAAGCUCAUAAAUCGGGGGAAAAAUGAGUAACAGAAAUGUAUAACAACACACGACGACGACGACGACGAGGACAGCAGAGCAGCAGUGUGACGACGAAGGUGCCAAACUGAAAAAUUCCACUAUUUGUGGGAGACAAAAACAGUUGCAUUUUGUCAUUUUGUGUCUGGAUCGGAGUAGAGACCACAAAAAACCCAAAUGGUUAUAUUGUUAAGAGCAAAAUCCAAGUGAUUGCCCACAACGUCGCCCAUUGCUAGGCAGUUCAAAUAAAGAUUUGUGGAAAGAUAUGGAAAAUCGAUGCCAGACUCCUCGGUAACUCCAAAUUGUCAGUGCAAAUAAGAUCAUCUGUAUUUCAUUCAGUACCUUUAUUUAUCCAAGUCAGACAUCAGCCUUUAUAUAUAUAAACUGGAAGAAUAUAAGGUUAUAGAGGAGCAUAGGUUGCAACUCCUUGGGAAUAAUUUAUCUCAUUUGAAACAACAAAAACAACUUGUUUUUUUAUGCAAGGGCAACAGAAGCAUUCAUUUCGAAUGCCAAACCACACAAAAACCGAAAGCCAAUAAAACGAAAUCAGUUUAGGAAUCUCCAUUGCAGUAGCACACAAAAAGAAAGCAUGUCCUGUUACUGUAAUGGCAACUGUAUCCGGUGCCGCAGUCGAUAACUCAUCAUCAACACAACAACCUUGUAGUAGAACGACAGCGGAAGAGCAAAUCCCAUCACUGUUGUCGCCCUCACAGACAACAACGGGGGAGACGUUAGCGGCGACGACGGCGGAUGAUAAGACGGCUGUUCAACCUCAAAGCCACCAUCCUUCCCAUCAUUGUCAAAUUCUUUCCUCUGCGUCUAUUUACAAACAAAAACCGCAAAUGGAAAUCGAAGAGGAGGAAAUGUUGGAUGCUGUUACAUUUCCUGCUGACGAAAUACCCGAACCCAUCAAAGUAUUGGAUGAUAUUAUUUCUGAAUUCGAGGACAACAUUUCAUUGCGACCACAGCUUCAAAACAGUGGUGAGAAUCAAUCAGAGGACGAUGGUUAUAUGAGUCUUAGCCGCAAAAACAUGAAGGAGAAACGCGAUUCUGAAGAAAUGUCUCAGACCAGCUCAAGCUGUGCUCCCGUUGUAACUCCCAAUGAGAGUUUCGAUGCCGUUGAUUUGGCACGUUUCGAAAGCAAUGGUAACUGCCACAAAGAUCAAUUAGACUCCUUGGAACAAACAACAUUGCCUAAGGCUCGCAUAACGGCAACCACUAACAAUUCCAACUAUUCAAGUCUUCCAUGUUGUGGCCAACGCAAUGCCAAUAUUUCGGGCGAUGCAAAGACACGCGUAGGCAGUUGCAAUGGUGAAAGGAAUGCUCUGGGUAUUGAUAUCAGUGCUGUACAUAAAGCUGUCUUAAGGGGUAGUGUUGCUAAACUAUCAGAACCCAUGUUGAAUGAGCAUCCAGUUACUAUAUAUCCGGGUCCUAAAGAUGGCCCUUCCGCUGGGCGCAGUGCGAGACCAAAACGUCUUUUGACUUCGGUUGAGAAACACAAAGAAGUUUGUCAUAUACUCAAUCCUGGGUCAACGUCUAUAUCUUCAUCGUCAUCAUCCUCAUCGCCCGCCAGUACCGGCACUUCGUCAGAUAAUCAAAAAACAGGUCAAUCGUCUUCUUCCAACAAUACCUUGGAUAAAUUUUCUAAUAAAAUCACUACCGACGAGGAUGAUGAAAUUUCUGAGGAUUCCCUUGAAGAUCCAUCGGGCAUUACAGUGUCAUCGGAGUCGACAUUACUCACGCCACGUGGCAUAGCUUGGGAGAUACACUUCAAAGAUUUCAAAAAGAAAACUAAACAACAAAAACAUGUCGUUAAGGCAAAACCAGUCAAUUUAAAAGAUGUCUACGAUGUUGCUCCUCCCCCUCCGCAAAAUCAUCUGCAUAUUGAGGAAGAAUUUCGAAGUUUCGAAGAGAGUCCUGAAAUACAGAACUCUUGCGUCUACCGUCAUUCCAACAGUAUGCUAGGAAAGGGAACAUUCAUUAUACGACGUGGCUCAACUAAAAAGCCACCUCGAGCAAUGGAUAUAUUUUCAAACUAUGAUGAGCCCGUCAAGCAUGGACUCAGUGAGAGUGAGCCCGACAUGGACUCCGAAUCGGAAAGAGUGCAAUAUGUAACACAAGAUGUCAGGGAUGAGUACAAGCCAUGUGAUACCAAAGAAUCAAACACUCGUAAUAAUUUUGACAUAGGAAAACCUGUUACUUCACCCAGAGAUCGUUUGUCACUAAACCUAGAACCAAUUCGACCUGCUACUACAGCUAUUAGGAAAGAUCUUUCGCCAAUACAACUUUUAAGCAAAACCUCAAGUUUCGAAGCUUCCAAAAAGGGCAGUUUAAUUUCCCUAGAAGGACGAUGUAGUUCGGAAUCGAUAAAUGCUAGUAGAACACCUUGCCACGAAGAAGUAGCAUCAGGUUUUGAUUUAAAAGCCUCCAACCUGGAUCCCUCUGGCCUAUUUGUUUAUAAGCAAACAUCGAACGGUUCCGCUAAACCAACCGAAUUUGCGGAUAUACGUUCAACUUCCACAACACCACACACUGAUCUGGCACCUACACUGGAAGAAGACGAAGAGCAGUUAAGCGAUCUUAGUUAUGGCUGUGCUCCCUUGAAACAAAUUGAAAGCAACAUAAGUGCUCUUUUGAGAGGUGAAAUGGCCGUGGCCCGUAUGCCGGAUCAGGCAACACACAAACGUCCUUUGGAAUUUCGACCUGGCGUGCAUAAAUCGGAAAGUGCCAAGGAAAUGUUACUGUCGCAAAAUACGUUUGGACCUCUUCCACCUUCUCCCCCCUCUUCAAAUCCAGAUAUAUUUCAGGAUUACAACGAUCUGCCUUUGCCCCCAUCUCCCUCAGAUGACACUUCUGUGGGGGAAGAUGAUGUAAAGCCUCCAGCCAAAUCUUAUGUGCAGACAUCCGCUGAAAUUCAUACCCAUUCGUCGUCCCGUGAUGAAUUUCGACAUCAACGCUCUAAAGAAAGAGAAAAACCAAUUACCCGACCUGUUCAUCGUCACAUGUCGGACGAAUUGCCUUUACCGCCUCCUCCACCAUCGGCAUUUGAGAAUUUGGCGCCAGUAGUUCCGCCUCAUCGUAGCGGGCAUUCAGCAAACACUAUGAAGUCCUGGUCCAUAGAUUCCAAUUAUAAAAGAAAAUCUCCACGGGUGAUGGGAGGUUAUGGCAGUGGCGUAACAACCCCCACUAGUUCUCAAGGACCUUCAUAUGAUGGCAGUGGUGGUAGUGGAUAUGGCACCAGACGAUAUGGCUAUGGGACAAAACGAAGUUCAAAGCAAUCACCCAGGGAGGAGCAUAGGUUACAAACUUCUUGCAGUCUUCCAGAGACUCCAAUAUUCGCCAGGGGUUGCGACAUUCCACGUACACCAUAUAGGAGACAGCAUGAAAACACACCCGGUGGUUCUCGCACAGCACCCAGAUCGAGUACUUCUAAUAACAUUAAUUUGGGCAAUUCCAUUGUGGGAAUUUCCGGUGGCAAUACAUUCGGUGGGGCCAUGUGCCGUCAACGUUCGAUAAAUCAUGCAUUAGCUUCCAAUGAAAUGCUGCGACUAGCUGGUGCUCCUCAGCGUGGUUGGUACCCGAAGCAAAGGUCAAUGAGGCCGGCAUCUACGGAAAAUAUAGAUCGCAUCUGUACCAUGCGUGUUUGGGAUGGUACACCAGCUAUGUCAGGAACAGGACCUGCACGAAAACCUCUUACCUUGCCGCCCAAUUUGACGCCUUCAUUUCUAAAUAAAUCACCCAGAGAAGCAUUGCGCCGUGUAACCAGCUUGUUGAUCACAAAGAAAAAAACGCCCAAGGAUAAGAGGAGUAAAUCAGCCUACACUGCCGAUCAGUGUUUGGAGGCAAGUUACUAUCACGACAUAGAUAGAAAUGCUAGUGCAGCUGUUUCCAAUCAAAAAGAGGGUAAACAACCACGUGGCCAAAGUAACACCGCUGAGAAGCCCAAGAAAAAGGGUAUCUUCAAAACGCUAUGGAAACGUACCAAACAUUUUUCAUUGGAUCAGUAAAUAGCCAUUUCAAAAACACACACACAUUACACUUGUACACGUACACAUGCAAAAUGAUGGAAAUUAUUUUUAAUUUGUAUGCCCUCCAGAAAAACCAAAAUAACAGAAAAAUUCUAUGAUAUGCAUAUACAUACCAAUACACUCACAUAUAAACACUUAUUCACCACCAUCCUAAGACCCAAGGCAUGAAGAAUUUGCUUCAUGUUGGCAUCCCCGUAAUGUACGUAAUGGACACUUACAUUUAGAACAUAAACGUAACGUAAAUAUCGAUAUAAACCCUUAAAUAUUACUAACAAGUAAUUCUAUAUUAUCUAAAUGCACAAAGGCGGAAAACUCAAAGACUGAAAAAUCAUUGCAAAUUGUGAAGACAAAUUUUUGUUUCAACUUACCACACCUACACACAUCAGCAAGUAACGACACCCCAUGAAAAAUUACUACUUCCAUGUUAACUUCAACUGACUAAUACGAUCUACAAAAGUACGUAAUACAGAAAUUUUUCAUGCCUAUUGUAAUAAAACCCAAUUUUCCUCUAA